AUGGCGCACAGAGCCAGAAUCCCCCUGAAGAAAACGAAGUCCAUGCAUGAGACCAUGAAGGAUAAGGGCCUACUGGAGGAGUUUCUGAGGACCCACAAGUACGACCCUGUCCAGAAGUACCACUUCAGCGACUUCAGCGUGGUCUAUGAGCCCGUGGCCUACACUGAUGCUGCCUACUUUGGAGAGAUCAGCAUUGGGACCCCACCUCAGAACUUCCUGGUCCUCUUUGACACUGGCUCCUCCGACCUGUGGGUGCUUUCUGUCUACUACCAGAGCCAGGCCUGCAUCAGCCACCCACGCUUCAACCCCAGUGAGUACUCCACCAACAGGCAGACCUUCUCUGAGCACUACAGCAGCGGCAGCCUCACCGGCUUCUUCGGAUAUGACACCCUGACCAUCCAGAGCAUUGAGCUGCCAAAAAUUUUUACUGUUAAUCUUUCUCCCAGCCUUCCCCAA